CUUACAUCAUUUACAACUUCAUGAUAUUCCUUAACAACUACCUAAAAAUCCGAUUCCCCAACUUGGUGCUCCACGUGGAAGCUAAAGAUCAGCAACAGCAUUUCCCCCCUCUGUACUGCUGUCCACCCUGGGCUAUGGGGGAAAUGCUUCUUUUUCGGUGCAAACGCGGAGUAUUGCAGUACACUGUGGUCAGAAUGAUCACCACUGUGACGGCGUUGGUAUGUGAGAUUGUUGGUGUCUACGAUGAAGGGAACUUUAGUUUCUCCAACGCUUGGACUUACUUGGUUAUAUUAAAUAACCUGUCACAAGUGUUUGCCUUGUACUGCCUCUGGCUGUUUUACAAUGUGCUGAUAGAAGAGCUCAGCCCUAUACAACCUUCUGGCAAUUUUCUUUGUGUCAAACUGGUAGUCUUUCUCUCAUUUUGGCAAGCAGUGCUUAUUGCUUUGUGGGUUAAGGUUGGCGUUAUUUCAGAAAAGCGUACGUGGGAAUGGCAAAGUGCUGAAGCUGUGGCCACAGGCCUGCAGGAUUUCAUCAUCUGCAUCAAAAUGUUCUUCGCGGCGAUUGUCCAUCAUUACUCGUUCUCCUAUAAACCCUACGUGCAAGAGGCAGAGGAAGGCUCGUGCUUCGACUCCUUCCUCGCCAUGUGGGAUGUGUCAGAUGUCAGAGACUAUAUUUCUGAGCAAGUUAAGACGUGUCGGGAGAACAAUGCGAGGUUAUCCCCCCAAAAAAUGUUUUCCUGAAGACCCAGAGCAUACUGAACACACAAGUCUGCUUUCCUCAUCACCACUCGAUGCAGGUUCUCCAGGUUCAAAGUCAUCCUCACCCUAGGGCUAGUAUCAGGGCUUUGGACACACGAUUACUCCCCAGAAUGCAACUGCUGCAG